AUGGCAACUCAAUCGGAUGUAUUAGCAACAAUUCAAGCCAAUUUACAACAAGCCAUCGAACGAAAAAAGCCACGAGAACAAACAGUGAAAUUUGAACUCGAUGGUCAAGUAAGAGCAUGUUGUUUAUCAAAACCAUUUAAUUAUUCUGAUGUACUUAAAGCGAUUGAAAAUUUAUUUGGUAAUAAUACAUUAAUAUCAAUUGAUAGAAUUCUAUGUUUAUUUUCACGUGAUGAUGCUUUUCGUUUACCAGUAACAAAUGAUGAUGAUCUAAAUAAAGUUAUAGCAAUAGCUGAAACAAAUCAAGCAAAUAAACUUAGUUUCUUAUUAAUACGAAAAAAAGGCUUUAAUCCUAGUCUAAUGAAAUCAAAAGGGAAUCCAUAUAAUUCAGGUUCAACAUCAGAUGAUGGACAACCAGCUGAUCUUAAUGAUAAUAGUCUAGAUUCACCACCACCAGGUACUAUAGCAACACAAAAAAGACGUACAACAAAGAAUACAACAAGGAAUUCAGCAACACCAAAAGAUGGCGGAAUUUUUAUACCAGAAUCCAGUGAUGAUGUAUAUUCAAGUGGUAGUUCAUCAGUAGUUAGUCGAGAAUCAAGUAGUAGUGAAAAUAGUACACGACGACGUCUACCAGGUGGUCCUGGUCAAAUAGCUCAUUUAGCUCCAACCUAUGCUGCUGUUAAUGCUCUUUGUUUAUUAAGAAGCGAAAAAGCUUAUAAUAUUAUUGAUCGUAAAAAGUUAUCGGCAUGGUUACAAACAAUAUGUGAUCCAUUGAAUGGAAGUUUUAGUCUUCAUAUUGAUGGUGAAUCAGAUAUUCGCGCAACAUAUUGUGCUGCAACUGUAGCUACUUUAUGUCAAUUAGAAGAUCGAGCUGAACUUUUUGAAGAUACUGCUGAAUGGGUAGCAAGUUGUCAAACAUAUGAAGGUGGUUUUGGUGCAUGUCCAGGUGCUGAAGCACAUGGUGGAUAUUCAUUUUGUGGUUAUGCAACACUUUUAUUACUUGAUAGAGAAUCAAUAUGUGAUCGUGAAAGUUUACUUAGAUGGACUGUUAAUCGACAAAUGACAUUUGAAGGUGGUUUUCAAGGUCGUACUAAUAAACUUGUAGAUGGCUGUUAUUCAUUUUGGGUUGGUGCACUUUUACCACUUAUUCAAGCUGUUCAACGAAAAAAACCUAUACGAGAAAGUCAAGAUGUUAACAAAAAUCAUGAACCACUUUUUGAUACAAUUGCUGCUCAGGAGUAUGUUCUUCUUUGUUGUCAAGUAGAUCAAACAGGUGGCUUUACUGAUCGACCUAAAGUUAAUUCACGUGGUAGUGAUUUUUAUCAUACAUGUUACUGUUUAAGUGGCCUUAGUUUAUUUCAAGAUGACGGACAAGAUCAAACAUCAAUUGUAUGUGGCGAUUCUGAAAAUAAAUUACGUAAUACGCAUCCUUUGUUCAAUAUUGGACCCGAAUGUGCCCGAGAAGCUAUGGAUUACUUUUCACAACAGUAA